AUCGAAUCGAAUCGAAUGGAGAAGAAUCAAAUCGAACCGAAUCGAAAAGAACUGAAUCGAAAAGAAUCGAAUCGAAGAGAAUCUAAUCGAAACGAAAAGAAUCAAAUCGAAUCCAAAAGAAUAGAAUCGAAACGAAAAGAGGCGAAUCGAAUCGAAUCGAAAAGAAGCGAAUAG